UAGAUAUUCUUCCACAAACGCAACAAAUAGCCCUGAAGUUGUGAUGAACGGCCAUACCCAAAUUCUUCAAUCAAGACACCACUUGUCCUAAUUCAGGUACUUUCUUCCUAUUUCAUGGCUAUUGGGUCCACAUUGUAGCGGUAGUAGCAACAAGUUUCUCACAUCUCUUCACACAGAACCACAAAGGUUUCAUCAUUUCACCACCCUUAUCCCAAAGUUUUUUUCUUUUUUUUGGUUGGGUUUUCUCGUUCUUAGCUGUAGCAGAUUUUAAGGAUUGUUUGAAAGGGUUUUUGCAGCCAUUAGUAUUUGUCUAGUCCCAUUUGGAGGACCAACAGAACAUACAAGGUUGUUCUUUUUCUUGUUGGAAAAAAAAAAUGCCAACUUUGAUUUCACCUAGGUUUCUUUUGCUUGUUGGAGAGUCACUCCACAUGAGAAGGGCUUUGGCCACUUCUAGGUCUGUUUUGUUGCACACUAGUGUCAAUUGCAUGAGCCAGGUGGAACCCCAUCAUGGUUCCCUCACCCUCUCUAGUGUUGGUUUCCAACCUGAAAUUGAACCUAGGAACAUAAGCAAAUCAGAUAAGGUUAAGCCAUUGGGUUCUCCCUCUGAGGCUCUCAAGAGCAAAGGAAAGCCCUUUGACAUUAACAAGAAGAAAGCUAUUAGGGUUGUGGAGAAACAGAAAAUUGAGUUUGCCCCUUUUGCGGCAAAGUCAUUUUCGGAACUAGGCCUCCCUCAUGUGUUGAUUGAUAGACUAGAGAAGGAGGGUUUUGCCGUUCCAACCGAAGUUCAGUCUGCUGCAGUUCCCACCAUUCUGAACAACCAUGAUGUCAUAAUUCAGUCUUACACGGGUUCAGGGAAGACACUAGCUUAUCUGCUUCCCAUACUCUCGGUUGUUGGUCCACUGAGGAACAAAAUUCCUGAAGAUGGUGGUGAUGGUGAUGGUGGUGAGAGUGGGAAGAAGUUGGGGAUUGAAGCAGUGAUUGUUGCUCCUUCCAGAGAGCUUGGAAUGCAGAUAGUGAGGGAGUUUGAGAAGGUGCUAGGAAUGGAUAACAAGAAAGUAGUUCAGCAGCUUGUGGGAGGUGCGAAUCGAACUAGACAGGAAGAAGCUCUCAAGAAAAAUAAACCCGCCAUUGUUGUUGGCACGCCAGGUAGGAUAGCAGAGCUCAGCGCAUCUGGGAAACUUCGCACUCAUGGCUGUCAAUAUUUGGUAUUAGAUGAAGUUGAUGAACUCUUGUCGUUCAAUUUUCGGGAAGACAUGCACCGGAUAUUGGAGCAUGUAGGGAGGAGAUCAGGUGCGGACCAGAACACAAAUUCUAGAAAGGCUGAGAGACAAUUAAUUAUGGUUUCUGCAACUGUGCCAUUUUCUGUUGUAAGGGCAGCUAGGAGCUGGGGUUGUGACCCCUUUCUUGUUCAAGCUAAGAAAGUUGCCCCACUUGAGACUGUCUCUCCCUCUGAGCCAGUCAAUUUGUUGCGGUCUUCACCAGGCUCGAGUCCUAGCUCAUCUAUGCCAUCUCAGGUAGCAGUAGAGAGUCUACCUCCUGCGCUGAAACAUUACUACUGUGUAGCAAGGUUGCAGCACAAAGUUGAUGCAUUGAGAAGGUGUAUUCAUGCACUGGAUGCCAAAUUUGUGAUAGCUUUCAUGAACCACACUAAGCAGCUAAAGGAUGUUGUUUUCAAGCUGGAGGCUCGUGGGAUGAAAGCUGCUGAGUUACAUGGAGAUCUUGGGAAGCUUGCGAGGUCAACCACUCUGAAGAAAUUCAAGAGUGGUGAGUUGAGAGUCAUGGUGACAAAUGAAUUAUCUGCAAGGGGUUUGGAUGUGGCAGAAUGUGAUCUUGUGGUUAAUCUAGACUUACCAACAGAUUCAAUUCAUUAUGCACAUCGAGCUGGCCGAACUGGUCGGCUUGGUAGGCAUGGUACAGUGCUGACCAUAUGUGAAGAACCAGAGGUGUUUGUUGUGAAGAAAUUACAGAAGCAACUUGGAAUACCGAUUGCAUCCUGUGAUUUUACAGAUGGGAAGCUACUUGUCACUGAAGAAGAGAAAACAGUAAGCAGUUCCAAAAGAUGAUGUGUUAUAGUUUUGCUACUUGUUUAAUUGAGUAUGUAGUUUUGAUGUUCCAUGCUUUUAUUCUUCGUAUUGCUACAUACUUAUUAUACUUAUUGACAACUCAUACUUGAAUGCACAUCAGAAGCAUGCCUUGUAUUUUAUAAUUUAAGUUGAGUAUACCGAUAAGUGCAGUUGAUAUUUGUUUCACAA